AAACAUGUCCAGUGUGUAAUGAAGAGCAUAAAGAUGAUGAAGUGAAAGGGCAGUGGGGUGCUGGCGAAAAUCAUGAAAAACGAAAAGACAUUAUCAGCAAGGUAUUGAAACAGAAUCCCGGUAUAUCUUUGAGUUGUAGUAGUGAUUCUGGUGAUAUAUAUCAAUGUACCACUCCUUCAUUAUGUCCGUCAUGUGAGCAAAAACAUAAAGAAAAUAUC